UAACUCUCCCUCCCUUCUGCCUGCAUCAUUGUUACAGGAGAUUCCAGUGCAGUGCAGCCCUCUUUCUUGGAAUUCCGGAGCUGAACUGAGCCCAGAGCAGCAGCAGAAGCAAAUAACUUCACAUUACAGGGCAUGACCUUCAUCAGCACAAUGGAUCAGAAAAAAGAGCAACCUGCCAAGUCGUCCUAGCUCCUGGUUGUACAAAGUUCCUGAUCCCUCACAGAUCUCCAGUCAACAGACCCAACUACACCUUCCCUCCUACUGAAAGAAGCAAGUCAACAAAGUCUAGCUCAAACCUGAAACGUUACCAAAAACCCUGUAAGAAACUCCCCCCUGAAAUUUUACAGCCAGCUCAGUGCACUGCGCAUCAGAUUCCAGAUCAGAGGGAAGUUAUGUUUGUGUAGCUAGUAGCAGAGAUUGCACAAAUAAAUAAACACGCAACUAUAUUCAAGAUUAUACACACCGCGCUAUACUGUGUGUAGAAGUAUAUACUCAGAAUGGAUGAUCGGUAUAGAAACAACGCAAAUCUGUAUCAAGGGGCUAAGGACAUAGCUAGAGAGGUGAACCAGGUGUCAGAUGACUACCGGUAUCAGGAUGGCAACUAUGCACCUUCAGAUGGCUAUUACCAUGAUGGGACCCAAGAAGAGGAUGCCCAGAGCGAUGCCACGGAAGGCCAUGAUGAGGAAGAUGAGGUCUAUGAAGGAGAGUACCAGGGCAUCCCUCACCCAGAUGACAUUAAGGGCAAACAGAAGAAGAAAGCCCCUGCCAUGGCCGAUGAGUUUAGAGACAAGGCUGAGCUCAUAGCCGAGCGGAUGGAGGAUGAGGAACAGCUUGCCCACCAGUAUGAAAACAUCAUCGAGGAGUGUGGCCAUGGGCGCUUCCAGUGGAUGCUCUUCUUUGUUUUAGGCUUGGCACUGAUGGCGGAUGGGGUGGAGGUGUUUGUGGUUGGCUUUGUUCUGCCCAGUGCUGAGAAGGAUAUGUGCUUGUCCAGCUCAAACAAAGGGAUGCUAGGGCUGAUAGUCUACCUGGGAAUGAUGGUGGGAGCUGUCAUUUGGGGUGGCCUGGCAGAUAAACUGGGAAGGAAGAAAUGCCUCAUCAUAUCACUCGCAAUCAACGCUGCCUUUGCAUUCCUCUCCUCCUUCGUCCAGGGAUAUGGAUUCUUCCUUUUCUGCCGCCUUAUCUCCGGCCUCGGCAUCGGGGGAUCCCUCCCCAUCGUCUUUGCUUAUUUCUCUGAAUUCCUAUCUCGUGAGAAGAGGGGGGAACACCUGAGCUGGCUCUGCAUGUUCUGGAUGAUCGGUGGCAUUUAUGCCUCUGCAAUGGCUUGGAGCAUCAUUCCCCACUAUGGCUGGGGUUUCAGCAUGGGAACCAAGUAUCACUUCCACAGCUGGAGGGUAUUUGUAAUCAUCUGUGUUCUGCCCUGUAUCUCUUCAUUGGUGGCACUUAAAUUCAUGCCGGAAAGUCCACGUUUUUUGCUAGAGAUAGGUAAACAUGAUGAAGCCUGGAUGAUUCUCAAGCAAGUUCAUGAUACCAACAUGCGGGCCAAGGGGGAGCCGGAGAGGGUGUUUACGGUCGCCCACAUCAAAACUCCAAAGCAAAUAGAUGAGUUUAUUGAAAUCCAGAGCUCAACAGGGGCAUGGUACCAGCGCUGGUUGGUCAGAUUCACGACCACAUUAAAACAGAUCUGGGACAACCUGUUGUAUUGCUUGACAGCCCAGUACAAGAUGAAUACACUGAUUCUGGCUAUGGUUUGGUUUUCAAUGGCCUUUAGUUACUAUGGCCUUACUGUCUGGUUCCCUGACAUGAUCCGAUAUCUCCAGAAUGAGGAGUAUGACUCCCGACUCAAAACCUUCAGUCGGGAACAUGUAACGCACUUCACCAUAAACUUCACACUGGAAAACCAGAUCCAUAGGAAUGGGGUAUUUGUCAAUAUUAAGUUUGCUAAGAUGAAAUUCAAAGAUGUGACUUUUGAGGACAUGCUGUUUGAGGAAUGCUAUUUUGAAGAUGUGACAUCCACCGAGACCGUCUUCAAAAACUGCACCAUUUUAGCCACUGUCUUCUAUAACACUGAUCUUUAUGAAGACAAAUUCAUCGAGUGUAGGUUUAUAAACGUCACCUUCCUGGACCAGAAGGAGGGAUGUCACCUGGACUUCGAGCAGGAAAAUGACUUCCUAAUUUAUCUCGUCAGUUUCCUGGGUAGUUUGUCCGUGUUGCCUGGCAACAUCAUCUCAGCACUGCUCAUGGACAAAAUAGGAAGGAUAAAGAUGAUUGGUGGCUCAAUGCUGAUUUCUGCAGUGUGCUGCUUCUUUCUGUUCUUUGGCAAUAGUGAGUCUGCGAUGAUUGGCUUGCAGUGUCUGUUCUGCGGGGCCAGCAUUGCUGCCUGGAAUGCCCUGGACGUGAUCACCGUGGAGCUCUAUCCCACCAGUAAACGAUCAACAGCCUUUGGCAUCCUCAACGGUCUCUGCAAGUUUGGUGCCAUCCUGGGGAACUCUAUCUUUGCUUCCUUUGUCGGGAUAACCAAAGUAGUUCCCAUCCUUCUGGCCUCCUCUGUGCUGGUUGCGGGAGGCCUGCUAGCCCUGAGGCUACCAGAGACUCGAGAACAGGUCCUGAUGUGAGCAAUUGGGCAGCAGGGAAAUGAAGAAGAGCUACAAAAAAGAGCCAUGUCUAGAAAAAUUAAAAUGUCCAUUUAUCCUUUGCUGCUGAUACCUCAGCUAUUGGGAGGGGGGGAACAACCCCUAAUUUAAGACCACUUCCCAUCCAUGAUUGGCUCUUUGCAACCAGGAUACAUACACACUGCAGAACUAUGCUCAUUUGCUUUAGAUCCAACCCACAUUGGGGAGAGACUGAGGAUCUGUCCUUCCUGGGUAUGCAUGGGCAUAACUGACACAAAAUUUUAACAGCAGCAUUGUGUGUGCAGGCAUCAAAGGGGAGAACAGAUUCAAACCCUUAUAUGCCCUGGGUGAGUUGCAAGAAAACAUCUGCAUUUCCGAGCUGUUUCAGGCAAUUAGCACAAGCUGUCCUGGCUUGCAAAAGAACUGGAAGAUAGUUAACAAACCAACUCUACUGAGGCUAGGUCUAGCUUUGGGGUCAAGAUUUCCAAAAAUGACUAGUGAUAUGGAAUAUCUUGAUUUUGGGGGGCCCAAGUUGAGACACCUUUCAGGGGCCUGAUUUUUUAGAAGGUAAGUGCUCAGUGCUGUCUGAAAAUCAGACCCCUUUAUAUUAUCUCUAGUUGGGCACCAAGAAUCACUAGUCAUGUUCUUGAUCUGGGAUAUUUUUUAAAUAAAAAAUAUAUCCUAUUUCAAUUUCUAAUUUUAAAUCUCUAUAUUGUUCUCAUCAAGAAGAAUCUAAAACUAAAACAAAACUAAAACCAAGUCCCACUAAUGCAAGACAUCCAGAGCAAUCCCUAGGAAGAGACAUGUCAUUCUUGUCCAGUCAACAGUUCUUUAAUGGUGUUGAUUUUAGGAUAUUUCUAUAAUAGGGAUUUUUUUCUGCCUAGUUCUGUUUAAGAGAAAUUGGCAUGAUGUUGGGGAUUCUGCAAACCAAAUGUGUAUAUAUUAUGCAGUGUAAAUAGGGGACAAUUUUUGUUUAAAGUCUAGAGUAUGGUAACUACUAGAAUUUAC